GUAAACUCCAUCAGUGAUCUCAGACAUAACCACAUUUUAUCAUCAUUUCAUGGUAAUCACGCAAAGGUACUCAAAAUAGAGGCAGAAAUGCUGCCAUUUUCCCGUUUCAAAAAACAGGCCAUACCUCUUUCUGAUGUAACCAUCUCCUGAUUCUCCUCUUCUACUUUAUUUCGCGCAUACCAGAUUUCACUCGCAAAAAAAAAAAAAAAUAGAGUGUAUGAUAAGGAUCCUGAUUGGAGGGAGGCCUUUUCCUGAUAUGAUAGUCCACCCAGAGUAAUUUGGGUGGCGGACACAACAAAGCAUUCGCUGUCCCCACGCUUUCUCUGCAAAACCCCCCGAGAAUCACUUCCUGAAAAAGAAAAAUCCGUCUUCACCGUUUAUAUUCACUGUCCUCUUGCCCCACCCACUCCCAGACCCGCAGAGACUUUGAGUUGAUGGAAUGGAAUUCCGCAAAAACACCAACAACCCUAGCUAGCUAAGCUACUAUUCAUCAUGAAUCUAUCUUUCAAUCACCACCCAAACCCUAGCCCCCCAUGAUCCAGUCUUUAAAGUUUCUGCUUGGACAGAUUCCGCCCAGUUUCGAUUCCUUUGCGCCAGUCUGUUAGUCGUCUCUAUAUAAGGUAAGUUCAUCUCUCACUUUUCUCCAGAUCAGAUCUCUUCACCGAAUUUGUUUCUUUAUUUGUUUCCCGAAAUUGGGUGUUCAAAGAUCUGAUCUUUUUCGUGUUUUUUGAGAAGAUCCAGUAAGGGAUGGGGUUCGAGGUAUAUUUAUGGAUGGAGAUCUGUCGUUCUUGAUUAUUUUCUUGGUUUCUUUUUUUGAUUAAUUAUUUGUGUGUUGUUGGUUGUAUUUGAAGUGUGUCUCUGGUAUGGCGAAUCCAUGGUGGAGUGGGAAUGUAUCUAUGAAUCAAAUGAAUCAAAUGGAGAUGAACAGCCAUCUUGGGCUGAUGAGGGUCGGGCAGGAGUUCUUGCCGGCCGGAGAAGCCACCAGCAGCGGGAGUCAGAACCCUGGCAGCGAUGGGAACCACGGCGGUCAGGACGAGGAGGCUGAGUACGACGGCGAGGAGCAAAACGCCAUCGUUGCUCAUGAACAGGGCACAACUUCCGGCCGCCGGCCGAGGGGGAGGCCGCCGGGGUCGAAGAACCGACCCAAACCUCCGGUCAUCAUUACUAAGGAGAGUCCCAAUUCCCUCCGCAGCCACGUGAUGGAGAUCAGCAGUGGGAGUGACAUCAUUGAGAGCAUCGCCGCCUUCGCGCAGCAGCGCCGCCGUGGAGUGUCGGUCCUAAGCGGCAGCGGGAUAGUGGCCAAUGUGAGCUUCAGGCAGCCAACGGUGCCCGGCGGGGUGAUUACGCUGGAGGGGAGGUUCGAGAUACUGUCUUUGUCCGGAUCUUUUUUACCGGCUCCUUCGCCUGCCGGAGCGACGGGAUUGACGGUGUACUUGGCCGGUGGUCAGGGCCAAGUUGUGGGCGGAAUUGUUGUUGGGGCACUGAUGGCAUCGGGACCGGUGAUGGUUAUCGCCGCCACUUUCACCAAUGCAACCUACGAAAGACUGCCUCUCCAGGAGGAAGAGCCGCCGCUGCCGACAAAUGAAGGCGGUGGAGCAAGAACUGCUGAUCCUUCACCUCCUCCAUCCAUCCCUUUGUACAACUUACCGCUAAACUUGUUAUCCAACAAUGGCCACAUUCCCCAUGAGGUGUUUUGGUCUACUCCUCCUCGUCCACCGCCCUCUAACUAUUAAGAGUUCGUUUGGUAACAAUGGAGGGGAUAUCGGGACACUUGGGACCUCUCCUAUCCAACGCGGGGCUAUAGAGAAAUUAUGCGUACAUAUCGCUCUCAAUUGACCAUUAUCUUCAAUUGAAACUCCCGCAUCUUGAAUCAACCGAAACGCUCCUUAUAAAGCUCUUGGAGUAAAGAAACUCUCCCAAAUCCCAUAUACCCUCACAAACAAGCCCUAAGUUAUAUACUUCAUCAGUCUUAAAAAAACAUCUUUGUAAUAAUGCUCUAUGUGAAAUUUUAGAAAGCAACCAUGAACUAAGUAGUGUAUAUGUAAGGAGACCUAAGAUAGAGCAAGUUUAAGAUUUUCAUGGUAGAUCAGACUUUAUUGUGCACUCAGUAAAUAUAUCAUUCUCUUGUUAGGUUUUACAUGAUCAUUCUAUUAUUGCAUUGUAUUGAGAUUUGUUGUUGUUGUUUCUAGGGUUUAACAUUGUUGUAUGUGAGUAUGGAUGUUAAAUAAAUCAGAUUUCAUUCUAAACUUGCUUA